CUCAGAUCUUCCACAUACACAACUCGCCCCUCUGUAACACAACGAAUAUCGUCUCUGCACUAUGGCGUCCUUCGACCUACAAAACCUCUUCACAGUGAGGGGCAAGGUGGUACUCGUCACGGGUGGUAGUCGAGGAAUAGGGAAGAUGAUAGCUACAGGGCUGGUGAAGAACGGCGCUAAGACGUAUAUAUCUUCACGCUCGGAAAAGGACUGCGAGCGAACUGCUAAGGAGCUCAAUGCACUCGGAAGUGGUCAAUGCAUCCCCAUCCCCGCGGAUUUACAGAAGUUCGAAGAGGUGGAGCGACUUGUGGACGAGCUCAAAAAGAAGGAACGUUUUCUCCACAUUCUCGUCAAUAAUGCCGGUGCAACCUGGGGCGAGUCAAUUGAAGAUUACCCUGAUCACGCUUUCAGCAAGGUCCUGACGCUCAAUGUACAGCGCGUUUUUACCCUCACACAGAAAUGUCUACCUCUUCUUCGGGCAGCAGCACAGCAAAGCAAGGAUGGCGAUACGUUCGUAGAUCCUGCCAGGAUAAUCAAUAUCGGAUCCAUAGAAGGGUUAAGCGUCCCUUCACACGAAACUUACGCGUAUUCAGCUUCUAAGGCGGCUUUGCACCACUUGAGCCGUAACCUUGCCGGUCGUUUAGGCUGGGAAGGCAUCACCAGCAAUGUCAUUGCGUGCGGACCAUUCGAAAGCAAGAUGAUGGCACAUACGUUGGCCACCACUGGUGAGGUGAUCAAGGCCGGCAUUCCUCUUCACCGUAUCGGCAUGCCAGAAGACGUCGCUGGAACGGUACUCUACCUCUCUAGCCGUGCUGGCGCGUAUGUGAAUGGAGCGACGAUCCGUUUGGAGGGCGGUAUGACGAGCAGGAUGGAAGGAAGUUGGGGAGCGAAGCUGUGAUGCAUAAUAAUAUGGUCAGCAGCGAAGGCAUACACCCUAUUCCGCGGAUGACAGGCCUGCCCGCUAUACGGGGAGAAACGAG